UCAACCACCUUCAUCAUCGCUGGCUCGUCAUCAUCAUUUUCUUAUCAUCAUCAAAUAAUCAGUCCCCUACGAACGGCAGUUUGCGCAUGAAGUAAUUUCCCCGCAAUUCUCCCUUCGUGCUUCCCUUCACCCCCCUGGCUAGAACUCCUCUCCUCAUUGCAAUCUAUACUAUCAUCCACCUCCAGUUGCUUAACAAUCAUCGUUGUCCGCGCUGUUACAAGACUUACAUCCAAGAGAUUUCAUCCUCACAAAUAGAUGACAUAUACACUGUUACUAUCAUACUCAUAAAGCAGGUUCAGAACAAAGGGAGCGAGAGAGAAAGAAAAUGGCCGACCUCCAAGAGGCCCUCAACUGCCUCUCGCCGACCACCUGGGACUCGAUCCCCAGCAACGACCCGGACGCUCUGCGCGCCUACCUUCACGACCUCUCCACGAAAGCGCGAUUGAUCAUCGAAUCCGUGCCCGAGCCACCGAUCGAUAAAGAAGAAAGCCCAUCUUCCGCAUCCCACACGAACAACAACACCACCCACUUACCCCCCGCCGCAGCCAUCCUCCACCCCUCCAACGCCCGCGCCUCCCAACUCCUCACCUCCCCUACCUCUACUACUACUAUCACGACAACUUCCCCAACAUCAUCAUCAGCAGCAGCAGCAGAACCCCAACAACAACAACCACUACUACCACCCCCGCCCCCCUCGAUCCCGAACAACCCCCACCACAAGGAAUGGAGCAAGCCGAUCAAGAUCUCCUCCGCCAAGGAGAACCCCCUCCACAUCCCGGUCUACAAGCUCCCCGGCUCGGACGGCAAGGGCCACUGGUUCGGCCGCCGCAGCGUGUUCGCUGGACUGCCGUUCACGAAGUGGCACGCGAAACUGUCCGGGGAGAUGGGCCAUACGCUCCGCAUGAACCAGCAGCAGAUCCAGAAGGGGCGGCCGCCGGACCAGGCGGUGCGCGGUAUCGGGGCCGAGCGGUUGGUCGAGGAUAUCGAGGUGAAGAGUGAGGAUGGCGCAAGGGUCAUUGGUCGGGUCCAGGUGUAUCAUGUCUCCGCUAUGUUUCCGAAGCCGACGGCGGCCAGGGAUUUUGUGAGUUUGAUUGUUAGUUGGGAGGUUGUGACGGAGGGGUUUGAGGGGGCGGGUUCGAUGGAGGGAGAGGGGGCAGGGACUAAGGGGAAAGGGAAAGAGGCGAGGAGGUGGAUGAUGGUUUCAAGGCCGUGCGAACAUCCUGAUGUGCCGCCGACGCAGAAUUAUAUCAGGGGGCAGUAUGAGAGUGUGGAGUUUAUUAGAGAGAUUCCGGUGUAUGAUGAGGAGGACGGAGAGGGUGCCGGUGGUGAGACUGGGAAGGAAGUGGAUGGGCAAGAGGUGCAGGAAGUGCAAAGGAAACUGAAUCCUGUCGAAUGGGUGAUGGUCACGAGAAGUGAUCCCGGAGGCAAUAUCCCUCGAUGGAUGGUGGAAAAGGGCACCCCCAAGAGUAUCUGUCAGGAUGCCAUCAAGUUCUUGAACUGGGCAUGUCGGGAUGAAGGCCAUAAGAAGCAUGCGCAUCGCAAGUCGGGGACUGCAGGUCAUCAGCAUCAGCAUCAGCAUCAACAUGACCCUGGCGCUGAGGCUUCGGCGGAAGACGACGAGGAUAGUGUGUCUGAGGAUUCCAGUGAGUCGGACUACUAUUCGGACACUGAAGUUGAGCAUCACGGCCUCAUUGCCAGUUUCGCAUACCUGGUCAAUGCGGGUCUGGAGCGGUAUGCUCCGCAGGCCGUUCUCGACUAUCUCCCCCACGGUCAUUCGCGACAGUCGUCGACAGUCAGCACUGCCCAGGAAAAUAGCUAUCCGACAGACGACAAGGAAGAUCCGCAGACCGAGCCAACACCCCCCACAACAACCACUACUACCGCCAAGCCCACCGAGCCGGAGUUCAACGAUGCAGCCUCGCAAGGGAAAGCCUCCGUCGCCUUCUCCGCCAACUCGGCAUUCGACUCCGCCGUCGAAGCCCCUCCCAAUGUCUCCGCCAUCGAACAGAUGACACUCAACAAGAAGGGGAAACUCUCAUCCCACGAGAAGCAACUGGCCAAGCUGGCGGAGCGCAAACGCAACGUCGAGGCGCAGCUGGACCGCGUUCGCUCGGAGAUCCAGGCCCUGCAUGUCGAAACCACACCCACUUCGCCCCCACAAACCGCAACAGCUGAGGGCGGGGGCGGUAGCAGCAGCAACAACAACAAACGAGACAAGGCAUCAGCAGCGGCGCUGGCCGCGGCUGGUGACGUAGGCAGCGAGCAACUCAGCAGCAGUCCGGGCAGCAGCGUGCACCGGGGGGUGGCGUCCAGCGGUGGCAACAAUCACCACCACAACCGUCAUGAGGCCGCGCGUGCGCACAAGGUGGCGUCCGGCUUGUUCAAUGAGGAGUCGAAGCUGCUGAAGCAGCUGGGCAAGAUCGAAAAGGACCAGGUGAAGGAGGCGUCGAAGAUCGAGGCGCGGCAACAAAAGCACGCCGAAAAGCAGGAGAAGUCGCGGGCCCGGGGCGAGGCGGAUGCGCUCCGGCGAGAGGUCGAGCUGCUGAAGAAGGAGGUCGAUCGGCUGCGGUCGGAGCGCAAGCAGUGGUUGGAUCUGAUCGGGUCGCUGCAGGCGGAGAAUACGAGGUUGGCGGCGCAGCAGGAUCCAGGGGCUGCCAAUGCCGCUGCUGCUGCUGGUGCUUCGACGACCAAGUUGAAUGAGGAGAAGAAGUAGUUGCCGUGGUAGAUGAUUCGUAGAGAGGUGAAGAAGAUCGAGUGGUUGGUUAAAUGGGUUGAGUAGGUCUUGUACAGUACACUAUGUUGGGUUUUGAUUGGUGAGAUACAUUGCGGAGUACAGUGCAAGCACAUGCAGUGGGAUCUGUUUGAGUGUG